GACCUGCAUGUUUUACAUUUUUCACAAAUUUUGGGAAAUAAAAUGUAUGCUUGCUGCUCUACAGUAACUUUGGAACAGGACCUCAACAAAAAAAUGCAUAUCUGGAUGCUGCAGACGAUCGCAUUUGCUUUGACAUCACUAGUCCUUUCCUGGGCAGAAAGCAUCGAGUAUUAUGGGGAAAUCUGUGAUAAUGCGUGUCCUUGUGAGGAGAAGGACAGCAUCUUAACAGUGAGUUGUGAAAACAGAGGGAUCAUCAGCCUUUUUGAGAUCAGUCCACCAAGGUUCCCUGUUUACCACCUCUUGUUGUCUGGGAACCUUUUGAACAGGCUGUACCCAAACCAGUUUGUAAAUUACACGGGGGCUUCGAUUUUGCAUCUGGGGAGCAAUGACAUACAAGACAUCGAAACCGGGGCCUUUCAUGGUCUGAGAGGUUUAAGGAGGCUGCACUUGAACAAUAACAAGUUGGAACUUUUACGGGAUGACACUUUCCUUGGGCUAGAGAGUUUGGAAUACCUACAGGUCGAUUAUAAUUAUAUUAGCGUCAUUGAACCCAAUGCCUUCAGCAAACUGCAUUUGUUGCAGGUGCUGAUUCUCAAUGAUAACCUCCUCUCCAGUUUGCCCAACAACCUUUUCCGUUUUGUGCCCUUAACUCACCUGGACCUGAGGGGUAACCGGCUGAAGCUGUUGCCCUAUGUGGGCCUCCUGCAGCACAUGGAUAAGGUGGUGGAGCUGCAGCUGGAGGAAAACCCCUGGAAUUGCUCUUGUGAGUUGAUUGCUCUAAAGGAUUGGCUGGACAGUAUCUCGUACUCUGCUCUGGUGGGAGAUGUGGUUUGCGAGACCCCUUUCCGCUUACAUGGUCGAGACCUGGAUGAAGUCUCUAAGCAGGAGCUUUGCCCCAGGAGGCUCAUCUCUGAUUAUGAAAUGAGACCUCAAACACCAUUGAGCACUACAGGGUAUUUCCACACUACCCCAGCCUCAGUCAACUCUGUGGCCACUUCUUCUUCAGCUGUUUACAAAUCUCCCUUGAAGCCUCCCAAGGGGACCCGCCAACCCAACAAGACAAGGGUGCGCCCCACCUCCCGCCUGCCCUCAAAAGACCUGGGAUACAGCAACUAUGGCCCCAGCAUUGCCUACCAGACCAAAUCCCCGGUGCCUUUGGAGUGCCCCACUGCCUGCACUUGCAACUUGCAGAUUUCUGACCUGGGCCUCAAUGUCAAUUGUCAAGAGAGGAAGAUUGAGAGCAUUUCUGAACUGCAGCCCAAGCCCUAUAAUCCUAAGAAGAUGUAUUUGACGGAGAACUACAUUGCACUGGUACGCAGGGCAGAUUUUGUGGAUGCCACUGGUCUGGAUUUACUGCAUCUGGGCAAUAAUCGGAUCUCGGUCAUUCAGGACCGGGCUUUUGGGGAUUUAACUAAUUUGCGAAGGCUGUACCUGAAUGGGAACCGGAUCGAGCGGCUGAGCCCAGAGCUGUUCUAUGGGCUGCAAAGCCUGCAGUACCUCUUCCUGCAGUACAACGUCAUCCGGGAGAUAGAGGCAGGCACCUUUGAAUCUGUCCCCAACCUUCAGCUCUUGUUUUUGAACAACAAUCUGCUGAGGUCUUUGCCAGGGAACAUUUUUUCUGGUCUGUCUCUCUACAGGCUGAGCCUGCGGAGCAACCACUUCUCCUACCUGCCAGUGAGCGGGGUGCUGGACCAGCUGAAAUCCCUGCUGCAGAUCGACCUGCACGAGAACCCCUGGGACUGCACCUGCGACGUGGUGGGCAUGAAGCUGUGGCUGGAGCAGCUCAACACCGGUGUCCUGGUGGACCAGGUUAUCUGUGAGUCCCCUAAGAAGUUUGCCCAGAGCGACAUGCGGGCCGUCCGGGCGGAGCUGCUGUGCCCCGACUACUCGGACAUCGUGGUCUCCACGCCCACGCCGUCCCCGGGCCAGCUGCCGGCCAGGACCACCCCCUCCUCCUCCACCGUGCGCCUGAACGGCACGGCGGCGGCGGGCGGCUCCGCGCCCGCGGGCGGCGCCGGCGGCGGCAGCUCCUCCGUGCCGCUCUCGGUGCUGAUCCUCAGCCUGCUGCUCGUCUUCAUCAUGUCCGUCUUCGUGGCGGCGGGGCUCUUCGUCCUGGUGAUGAAGCGGCGCAAGAAGGGCCAGGGCGACCACGCCAGCGCCAACAACUCCGACGUGAGCUCCUUCAACAUGCAGUACAGCGUCUACAGCGGAGGCGGCCACCACCACCACCCCCACCUGCAGCACCCCCCCCCCCCCCCCCCCCCGGUGAAGACGCCCGCCGGCCACGUCUACGAGUACAUCCCGCACCCCCUGGGCCACAUGUGCAAAAACCCGAUCUACCGCUCCCGGGAAGGCAACUCGGGCGAGGAUUACAAAGACCUUCACGAGCUCAAGGUGACCUACAGCAGCCACCCCCUGCCCCCCGGGAGCCCCCCCCCCCCCCCCCCCCCCCCCCCCCCCCCCCCCCCCCCCCCCCCCCCCCCCCCCCCCCCCCCCCCCCCCCCCCGCGGGGAGGACGCGCCGGCGCGCAGCCCCGCGUACAGCGUGAGCACCAUCGAGCCGCGGGAGGAGCUGCUCUCGCCGGUGCAAGACGCCGAUCGCUUUUACAGGGGCAUUUUGGAGCCCGACAAACACUCCCCCUCCACGCUGGGUACACCCGGCUCCACCCUCCCCGACUACCCCAAGCUCCCCGCCGCCUACACCUACUCCCCCAACUAUGACCUUAGGCGUGCCCACCAGUACUUGCACCCGGGCCCGGGGGACGCCAGGCUCCGGGAGACGGUGCUCUACAGCCCCCCGAGUACUGUCUAUGUAGAGCCCAACAGGAACGAGUAUCUGGAGCUAAAAGCAAAACUAAACGCAGAGCCGGACUACCUCGAAGUGCUGGAAAAACAGACCACAUUCAGCCAGUUCUGAGAAACAGCCCCCCCGCCCCCCGCCAGUCUCAGCAGCUCCUUCUCUAGAGUAUUUGUAUUUAACAACCACACGCAAAACAAAGAAACGUAAAUGCUGACCUCCCUACACACACACACACCUCGCCCCCCUCCUCUUUUUCUCCCCUUUAAUUCAUUUUAUUGUAGGGUGAAGUGCCUUGGCACAGGACUUUUCAGCUUCGGGGAAUGAUUCUGAAAGGGUGUGCUGUUCGGUUUGGUUUGGUUUUGUUUUUUUUUCCUCUAUUACUGCAUUUGGAAGUCGGAAACCACCUAUUGUGUGAAAUGGGCACAACACUGGCAUUGUGCGGGUGUGUUUGGGGAAGGUGGCAGGAGGUUUCAUGGUUUCUUGUCAGGUCA